AUGGAGAACCUACGGGAAAACAUCUCCAAAUGGCCCGAUUCAGGCGCUCGGAAUGAUGCUGAUGACGAUGAUCAGGGCUCCGAGUAUGAGCUCCUCAUGGACCCAAACUUGCCAGAGGAUCAUGAGUCCCAUCGCCAUGCACAUCAUGAAGACGGCUUAUCCGAUGACGGGUCUAAGAAAGCUGAGGAUGAGGACGAGGAGGAGAAUUCACCAUAUCCGGAGGUUCGCGCCGCUGUCCACAAUUACGACGAAGAUGUGCCAUGCAAUACAGUCCGUGCGUGGACAAUUGGACUGUCUCUUGUUAUUCUCGGAGCAUCAAUGAACACCAUCUUUUCGCUGCGCCGGCCGGCCAUUUCCAUCGGAGCUCUGGUCGCUCAGAUCAUUGCCUGGCCCAUCGGUCAUGGAUGGGCAAGAUUUGUCCCGGAACGAGAGUUUAACAUAUUUGGCCUCAAGUGGCAGCUGAACCCGGGCCCUUUUAACAUGAAGGAGCAUGCAAUCAUUGGAGUAAUGGCGUCUGUAUCCUUUUCCGUUGCCUAUUCAACAGAUAUUAUCCUGGCGCAGCUGGUUUUUUACAAGCAGAAUUUCGGAUUGCUUUUCCAGAUCUUGCUCACCGUUUCCACGCAGUCGUUGGGAUACGGAAUUGCUGGCGUUAUGCGCAAAUACCUAGUGUAUCCUGCGUCGAUGAUAUGGCCUGGAAAUCUAGCUUCCGUGGCCAUGAUGAAUGCCAUGUAUGACUCGAGUGAUGACAUUGACCCAACAGUCCUCGGCGGCAGGCUACCUAGGUAUACAUGGUUUGGCCUCAUUACUGCAGCAUCCUUUGUAUACUACUUCAUCCCUGGCUUUUUUGCCCAAUUCUUGAGCGUCUUUGCUUUUGCAACUUGGAUGGCGCCGCAAAACCCAGUCAUCAAUCAGCUGUUUGGUGGAAACACUGGCUUGUCCAUUAUACCCAUUACCUUUGACUGGAGCCAGGUGACAGGCUACAUUGGAUCUCCUCUUGUUACGCCUUGGCACGCGAUUGCCAAUACCUUGAUCAGCGUUGUCAUAUUCUAUUCAGGUUUGACGAUUUUACUCCACUACUCUGGGACAUGGUAUGCCCAGUUCCUACCCAUCAACGACGCCAGCAUCUACGACAACACGGGAGCAAGGUAUAACAUUAGUCGGGUCGUGAAUCCAGACAUGACUCUGAAUGAGGAAGCCUAUCAUAAAUAUUCGCCCUUAUUUAUCAGCACCACGUUUGCCAUCUCAUAUGGCCUGUCUUUCGCCGCCAUCUCCUCACUCGUCGUAUAUACGUAUCUGCACCACGGCAAAUACAUCUGGAAGCAGUACAUGAACAGCACCACGGAAAAGCCGGACAUUCACAUGAAACUGAUGAGAAAGUACAAGGAGGCACCAACUUGGUGGUACCUCUCUCUCUUCUGCAUUAUGCUGGCAUUGGGCUUCUAUACAGUGCUCGCGUACCCAACCAAUUUAACUUGGUGGGCCUUUUUACUGGCCGUCAUGAUUUCGUUCGGCUUCUCUUUGCCAAUCGGUAUCAUCCAGGCCGUGACGAAUAAUCAGAUUGGCUUGAAUGUGCUCACGGAGUUUGUCUACGGCUACAUCCAGCCGGGACGGCCUCUAGCGCUCAUGCUCUUCAAAACGUUUGGAUACAUCACAAUGUCCCAAGCACUCAAUUUCGUGUCAGAUCUUAAAUUCGGUCAUUACAUGAAAAUCCCUCCCAGGACCAUGUUCAUGGCCCAGGUCGUCGCCACGACUUAUUCAUGCGUCAUCCAAGUCUUGGUCCUUAACUUGGCACUCAACAGCAUCGAAAAUGUAUGCGACGAUCAGCAAGAGGACCACUUCACAUGCCCAGGUGGAAGAGUAUUCUACUCUGCCUCUGUUAUCUGGGGCCUCAUUGGCCCAGGCCGAAUGUUUUCCCCAGGCCAAAUCUACUCCGGCCUCUUCAUCUUCUUCAUCUUCGGCGCAAUCACCCCAAUCAUCAUCUACUUCGCCGUCAAGAAAUACCCAAAAUCCCCCGUGAGAUACCUCAUCGCGCCGCUCCUCUUCGGCGGGCCCGGCUCCAUCCCGCCCGCCACCCCUCUCAAUUACUUCUCCUGGGGCAUCGUGGGUUUCGUCUUCCAGUUCUGGAUCAAGAAGCGCUACUUCCGGUGGUGGAGCCGCUUGAACUUUUUGACGUCGUCUGGCUUGGACUUGGGUCUGGCGCUGGCUACGCUCUUCAUAUUUUUCGCGUUUACUUUGAAUGGGAUUGAUCCUCCGCAGUGGUGGGGGAAUACUGUUGUUGACUCGACGAUGGAUUCUAAGGGUACGGCUAUAAGGGCGCAUGUUGCACCGGGAGAGCACUUUGGCCCAAAUUCCUGGUGA